ACGUCGCUCCAGUUAAACGGUUCUCCCGCUCCCUCUUCCAUCAGAGGCGCUUCAUCACUCCUCCGUCCGCCUGUCACGCCCUGCGGCCGUGGGAAUAAGACGUUGAAUUUGUUUUUACAUCGCCUUUACGGAGAAGAAAAAACAAAAUGGCAAGCAGCUUCUCCAGAAUCCUGUCCUCCAAACGGAGGAUCGGGGUCCUGACGUUCGUGGGGGGCUCGGUAACGGCCGGUUUUCUGCUCUACCGGCAACGUGUCGGCGCCGGAGCGCCGGUGCGCAGAAGCUACCCGGCCAGUGCGGAGUACCCCGACCUGCGCAAACACAACAACUGCAUGGCCUCCAGCCUGACGCCCGCCAUCUACGCCAAGCUGUGCGACAAGGCCACGCCCAACGGGUACACGCUGGACCUCGCCAUCCAGACGGGCGUGGACAACCCCGGACACCCCUUCAUCAAGACCGUCGGCAUGGUGGCGGGAGACGAGGAGUCUUACGAGGUAUUUUCAGACCUGCUGGACCCCAUCAUCAAAGAGAGGCACAACGGCUACGACCCGAGCACCAUGAAGCACCCCACCGACCUGGACGCCAGCAAGAUCCACUCGGGCAACUUCGACCCGCGGUACGUUCUGUCGUCCAGGGUGCGAACGGGCCGCAGCAUCCGAGGCCUGAGCCUGCCGCCCGCCUGCACCCGGGCGGAGCGCAGGGAGGUGGAGCGGGUGGUGGUGGACGCCCUCGCCGGGCUGCACGGCGACCUGGCCGGGAAGUACUACAGCCUCACUCAGAUGACCGACGAGGAGCAGCAGCAGCUCAUCGACGACCACUUCCUGUUCGACAAGCCUGUGUCCCCCCUCCUGACAUGCUCAGGCAUGGCUCGUGAUUGGCCCGACGCCCGUGGUAUCUGGCACAACAACGAGAAGACCUUCCUGGUCUGGGUCAACGAGGAGGACCACACCCGGGUCAUCUCCAUGGAGAAGGGAGGCAACAUGAAGAGAGUCUUCGAGAGGUUCUGCAAAGGCCUCUUGGAGGUGGAGCACCUGAUCCAGGAGAGAGGCUGGGAGUUCAUGUGGAACGAGCGUCUGGGAUACAUCCUCACCUGCCCCUCCAACCUGGGCACCGGCCUCAGGGCCGGGGUCCACGUCAAGCUGCCCCUGCUGAGCAAGGAUGCCCGCCUCACCAAGAUCCUGGAGAACCUGCGUCUGCAGAAGCGAGGGACGGGCGGCGUGGACACCGCCGCUGUGGGCGGCGUGUUCGACAUCUCCAACCUGGACCGCCUGGGACUGUCUGAGGUCCAGCUGGUGCAGACGGUGGUCGAUGGCGUCAACUACCUGAUCGAGUGUGAGAAGAGACUGGAGAAGGGCCAGGACAUCAAGGUGCCCCCCCCACCCGGCAACCAAUUCAAGUAGACACUGGUCCUUGACCCCCCCCCACACACACACACACACACACACACACAUGAGCACAAACUCCCCGCUCUGAUGUAGAUAUGAUAUGAUAUCUGUGUCCUUAGCUUAUCUGCCCCUCAGUAUAACUCUAUAUGAUAUAAUCGACACAUAUUAUACGCAGCUGUCUUUAAAACCGAACCCCAGGCCCAGAACACGCCGUUGAAGAAGCAUUGGAGGGGUCUCCAUCUUUAAACUGAGACUCGCUCGGUUUCUUUGGCUCUUCUCCCAAAGCGCUCCUCAGCCCACCACACCUGGCUCCUCCCCCCCCCCCCCCCUUCCUGCAUGUCCUAUGCUCCACCUGACUCCUCCCCCUCACUGUGGCGCUCGGUCCCUCCUCCCAUCUCGUGCGUGUGUUUCUUUCCAGCGUUUUUUCGAGUGUAUUUGAAUGUAACGUUAUCACGACACACACACACACAUACAGACACACACACACACACACACGGGCCGGGUUCUGUACUGUAAGCGACUGAAGCAAUGUCCUUCCAGCUCCUCGUGAAAGUCCCACUGUCAUGUCUUUUAUUAAAGAACAUCAUCUAUUUAAGGAG